AAAAACUUCUCAUACAAUGUUGGCCACUGCGUCUUCACUAGUUGGUGAAGACUGAAGCAUUUGGUCAAGAUUGUUUCACAUGAAGCAUAUGCUUCACCAAGAAAUCUAUCUAUCUACUCAUAUCAUAUCCCUACCACCAAUUGAUAACAAAAAUCAACUCUAUCAUCCAAGGCAAGGACUAGGAGUCAAUCUACAGACAAACCUCUUUAGUCUUUACCACCAACAAUGGCAGACAACAUUGGUUCCCAAACUCCUCCCCACAUAGCCCUCUUUCCAAGUGCUGGAAUGGGUCACUUGACCCCCUUCCUCAGGAUUGCUUCCAUGCUGUUAUCCAAGAACUGUAUGGUCACUCUAUUCACAGCCCAUCCAACAGUGUCUGCUACAGAAUCCACUUACACUUCCUUGUUCCUUUCCACCCAUCCACAACUCAAGCAUGUCAACUACCAAAUCACUCCCUCCCACCACUCCAAUUCCACCACUGAUGACCCUUUCUUUCUCCAAUUUGCAGCCAUCAGCCGCCAUGCCCAUCUUCUCCAUCCUUUGUUAUCAUCUGCAUCUCCAUCUUUCUCUGCCAUCUUUUCUGACUUCUCUUUAGCUUCUAGUAUCACACAAUUUGCUGCUGAUCUUGCCAUUCCCAACUAUAUUGUCUCCACCACCUCAGUCAGAUUUUUUUCUCUUGUGGCAUAUCUUCCAAUACUCACUUCAGAGCCUGCUAAACUUAGUAGCAGUUCUUUUGAAGUCAAUAUCCCAGGACUGACCCCUCUGUCCAUAUCAAGCAUUCCCCCACCAUUCUUUGACCCAAAUCAUCUCUUUACAGCACAUAUAGUUUCAAAUGCUCCAGCCUUCUCAGAAGCAAAAGGAAUCAUAAUAAACACAUUUGACUGGUUUGAACCAGAAACUCUUGCUGCAGUCAACAGUGGCAGGGCUUUGUCCAAUCUCCCACCAAUCCUUCCAAUUGGACCGUUAGAACCUUAUGAGCUUAGUAAGGAUCAAUUCCAGAGUCUGCCAUGGCUAGACAACCAACCAGAAGAAUCUGUAGUUUAUGUGAGCUUCGGAAGCAGAACAGCCAUGUCAAAAGAUCAAAUAAGAGAACUGGCAGAUGGGCUAGAGAGAAAUGGGUGUAGAUUCCUGUGGGUAAUUAAGAGCAGUAAAGUCGAUAAAGGAGAUAACCAAGAGCUGGAAGACCUACUUGGCAGUUCAUUUUUAGAAAGAACACAAAACAAAGGAAUUGUAGUAAAGGGAUGGGUGAACCAGCAAGAGAUUUUAGCACAUCCUGCCACUGGAGGGUUCAUAAAUCAUUGUGGGUGGAAUUCAGUAAUGGAAGCAGCUUCAAUAGGAGUGCCUUUGCUUGCAUGGCCACAACAUGGGGACCAAAGGGUAAAUGCAGAAGUUGUGGAGAAUGCAGGGUUGGGGAUAUGGGCAAGGGAUUGGGGUUGGGGUGUGGAGCGGUUGGUGAAGGGGGAAGAGAUUGAAAGAAAGAUUGGGGAACUGAUGAAAAAUGAGAAACUGAGAGAUAGAGCCAGGAAGGUUGGGGAAGAGGCCAGGAAGGCUAGAGGGACUGGUGGGAGUUCAAACAAGGUGCUUAUGGGAGUCAUUGAAGUUCUAAAUCUCUAAAUCAGAAGACAAGGAAUAAAGUUAGUUCUACAGUUUUUCUUUUAUCAUUGUGUUAAGAUUGCCUCCUAGAGUUUAGUUCAAUAAAGGACUCCUUCAGUUGCAUGUGACUAGGAGAUUAGAUUGCUUUCUAUCUUUUGUUAUCAUCGUUUGUUAUUAGAUUGCUAUUAUUAUAUAGAAGGAUAGGUGUUAUAGUCUUAUAGUUAUUAUCUAGUUUCGGCUAAGGGAUUAUAACUGUCAUUGUUAUCUGUCCUUGUUACUUGGUAUGUAUUUAAAGUAAUGAGAAAUAAGAGGCAACAGAAAAUCAAACCAAAAAUUCCUUUUC